AUGCGAGAGAAGCAACGACCACGCAAGAAACAAAAAUGAAAAAACUCAACACAACCACCGAAACAUAAAACCAACAACUAAACUGCAACUUGGCAAUCCGCUCCUUUUCAAAGGCAAGAAAGAAAGAAACAAAGCGAGAAAGAAGAAAGAGAGUUUUGUUUCGUGGCACCACACAAGUCAGUGGCUUUUUUGACUGAGCUCUUGACUUGGAGUGUUUCCUAAAUUUUGUUGAAAGCGAACAAACUCGCCAUAAAAACAACAGAAGAAGAAGAAGAAGAAAGACAAUGACACCAGCACCUCGCAAUGCAAGUCCCACUACGGUGGUGAACGCAGCUUCUACCAGCGCUUCGAACAACACCAACAAUAACAAUGUCAAAUCCACUUUACCAUUGACGCCUCUCCCGGAUCACUAUUUGGUCCAAGAUGACGAAUUGGGUCCUUGUUUGCACGGACUGUUUCGCCGUCAAGCCGAACAAACUCCCGACCGCAUUGCAUUGGCAAGCUUGACCAAAUCCGUGACCUAUCAAGAAUUGAAUCAUGCGACAGAUCAAUUGGCAUUCAUGUUGAUGCAACGGGGUGUGUCCAAAAAUGAUUCCGUGGGCAUUCUCAUGGAACGACGCAACGAAUACGCGCUUGCCUAUAUCGCCAUUCACAAGGCGGGUGGAGGAUAUUUGCCGUUGGAUCCGGCGUAUCCCAAAGGACUCUUGCAAGAUGUUCUGGAAAAUAGUCAACCGACGGUGGUCAUUUGUACGCAAAGCUUUCAAGAUCGAUUGCCCCAAAAUCAAACCGUCAUUGUGCUCUCGGACGAUUGGAAUGUCUGUCUCGAUUCCAUUUCCGAGGAACAGCAACAACAAGUGGCGGCUGUGGAUCAGAAUGAUUUGGAUUCGUUGGCAUAUAUUGUAUACUCCAGUGGAACCACGGGAAAACCAAAAGGAAUUGCUUGUCCUCAUCGUGGUUCCGUCUACUCGUACCAGUACCGUCUCCGACAAAUUCCCUACUUGGAAGAUGAAGAAAACAAUAAUGAGAGCAGUGUCAUUAUUGAAAAGGAAGGUUGCAACGUAUUCUUUGUCUGGGAAAUGUUGCGUCCUCUCUUGCGAGGACAAACACUCGUUGUCAUUCCCGACAAUGUCAUUUAUGAUCCCCUGGCAUUGGCCAAUUUCUGCGACAAGCUCCAAAUCACACGCAUGCUCUUUACACCUUCCUUGUUGGAAGCCGUUUUGGAUGCACAUGGAAAUGCCAGCAAAACAACCGCAUCAUCGAACGACACUAGCAACAAGCAAGAUAUUUGUGGAAAACUCGCAUGCCUCAAGACAAUUACUCUCUGUGGAGAAGUCGUUACCGUGUCACUACAGGAACGAACCAAAAAGUUGUUGCCCAAUGCCCGCAUUUGGAAUCUAUACUCUGUCUCGGAAUGUCACGAUGUGGCAGCAUUGGAAUUGACCCAUGGCAAGUACGGAAGUCGCAAGUAUUGUCCUGUCGGAAAACUCAUGGAAGGAGUCGAAGCACAUGUCAUGGAAGAAUUGCCCGAUGGAACAUUGGCCAAAAAGGCCAUGGGCGAAGUGGGAGAACUCUACGUGGCAGGACCAACGUUGGCGAGAGAAUAUGUCAAAAUGCCAGAAUUGACUGGCAAACGAUUCCCCACUGUACAAGGAACGAGACUUUACAAAACGGGAGAUCGUGCUCGUGUCUUGCCCAAUCGGGAAUUGGAAAUCUUGGGACGCUGUGACAGUAUGGUCAAGGUUCGAGGAUAUUCCGUCGAGUUGCGAGCCAUUGAAGCCGCCGUCAUGACAUUGACCGAUCUCGUGUCGUCCUGCAGUGUUAUUGUGCAAGGAGAUGAAGGAGAAGACAAGUUUGUCAUUGCCUAUGUGGUAUUGGCCAAUGCCGAGGCCACCUGCCGCAAGGUCCGAUUGGCGCUCAAGGCGAAAUUGCCACAUUACAUGGUUCCAGCCUUUUUGGUGGAUAUGGAGGAAUUGCCGACUCACGAAGUAUCGGGUAAAUUGGACAAGAAGGCGUUGCCACCCGUCGACUUGACGACUGGACAAGUCGUGGGACGCACCCAACAAACAACCCACAGCGACGCUCAGGACUGCACAGUUCCUCGCAAUGAGACCGAGAGUCGAUUGCAUUCCUUGUGGUGUGAAAUUAUGAGCAUGAAGCAGAUUGAUGUGGUGUUUGAUUCCUUUUUUGAUAUUGGAGGACACAGUCUGUUGGCAGCUCGUUUGGUGCAACGCAUCUCAGCGGAACUCGAGGUCGAUGUGGGAGUGGUGGAACUAUUCAGCCAUGCCACCAUUGAAGCUUUGGCCAGUUUGAUCCUGCAAAAGCAACAGAAGACGACUGGCAAUGACACCGCCUUGUCAGGCCCAGCCAUGACUCAACGCACCAUUAACCUGGAGGAAGAAGUAAUGGCCCAUGAUACACCGGAGGCAGUGAAUGACAUUGCUAUGCGGGCCUUUUGGAGGUCCACUCACUUUCGUCAGGUCUUGGCACGUUCUGUGCUCAUGACAGGAGCAACUGGGUUUUUGGGAAGCUGGUUGCUGCAUAACCUCCUGCAAGACAACAAUAUAGAUGUCGUCUACUGUCUGGUUCGGGCGACAUCCAACGCUGAAGCUGCUUCGAGACUUCAACAAGCCAUGCAAGAACGCCAACUCUGGGACGAUGACUAUGCGUCUCGUGUUCAAGUAUUUGCCGCUGACACGUCCCUGCAUCACAUGGGAUUGGACGAUGAUGAUUACGCAAUGCUUGGAACGGGUGUUGACAUGGUUGUUCAUUGCGCCGCACAUGUCAACUUGGUGUAUCCCUACGAAGGACUGAGGUCUGCCAAUGUGCAGGGAACUGGCAAUGUAAUUGAAUUCGCUCUCUAUGGACGCGUCAAAAAGCUUGCCUACAUCUCUACCGAUGCAGUUUUCCCUGAUGGGCUGAAAGAAUGCCGUGAAGAUGCCGACAUGAUGCAGUAUGCGAAACCUUUGUCGGAAGGUGCCAAUGGAUACAGUCAAACCAAAUGGGUUGCUGAGAUGCUUGUCAACCACGCCAAGGAGCGUGGGCUUCCCACUGUGAUUUUCCGUCCAGGAAAUAUGGGAGGUGUCGGUGCCGUUUGGAAUCCAUCGGACUUCAAUUUUCUGGUGUUGCAAGGCUGCAUUGCUGUUGGAGCCGCGCCGGUAGUGGAUGGUUGGAUAAUGGAGUCGACACCAGUCGACUUCGCAGCCAGUGCCAUGGUGAAGCUGAUGGUCGACAGAGACAACCUGGGAGAGGCCUUCCACGUAACCAACUUUGGAAACUGCCACACAGCCAAUGAGUAUUUUGAUGCUCUUCGUGGUGCAGGUGUUGCGCUGGAGUCAUGUUCCUUGGAGGAGUGGAACAAGCGUGUAUUGGCCACGGAAUCCCCAGACCUUAACAAGCUGCGAAAUGCAAUUAUGGGAGGAGCCACUGCUAGCGUGUCGUCCAUGAGCGAACUAUCAACCUUGAACAAUGAAAAGUUCGCUGCCAAGUGCGAUGCACUUGGCACUCCUGUCCCAAAGAUCACACUUGGCGUCAUGCGUGGAUAUCUCAAGGAUUGGCGCAAGGCUGGGCUCGUUGCUUCCAUUUCACCCAAAAACACCUAUGGCAUCAUGGGCAAGCCUUUGGCUGGCAAGGUAGCUGUGGUGACUGGAGCCAGCAGUGGCAUUGGUGCAGCCAUUGCUCAGGCGUUGAGCCUGGCUGGUGCGAAGGUCGGCAUUGGUGGCAGAAGAUUGGAUAGACUCAAGGAUCUGGCUUCUCAGCUGACGGAUAUGGACGGUGUUGAUAAGGUCCAUCCUUGCAAGGUGGAUGUCACCAGUAGAGAAGAAAUGGAGACUUUCUGCAAGGAUUGUGAAGCUGCCUUGGGUGGACCCAUUGAUAUCUUUGUCAACAAUGCUGGUGUCAUGUUCUAUGGUAGAUUGGAAGCCAUGCGUGAAGAACAGUGGCACAAGGAGUUGGAUGUCAACUGCAAGGGUUUGUUGCAUGCCACUGCAUGUGUCCUGCCUGGAAUGCUUACCAGAGGCAGUGGUCAUAUUGUGGUGACUUCCAGUGAUGCUGGAAGGAAGGUAUUCCCUGGUUUGGCCAACUACUCUGCAACCAAAUUCUUUGUGGAAGCCUUCUGCCAAGGAAUGAGGCUGGAGAAUGCAGACAAGGGACUGAAAGUGACAACGAUUCAACCUGGUGACUGCAGGACAGAAUUGUCCCAGUUGACAACAGAUCAAGAGGCCAGGAACGAGUUUGCCCAGUCCUCUCAAGACAGAGAAUUCUGGCUGGAUCCACAAGAUGUUGCUGGAGCAGUUUUGUAUGCUGUCACUGCUCCCAAGCAUGUUGGAGUGAAUGAAGUUUUGAUUGAGCCCAGGGGCGCACCUGCCUAAACCCUGAGGCCUCUGUUGUGUGAGACAUGUCUGUUUCGUUAAAUGAUAGUAUGUAGUUUCAUAGUUUUCCUUCU